ACAUCUCUUAUCAUUUAUCUUCUUGAUUUUUAUACUCAAAUAUCAAUCAUGCACCUACUUUUUCAGACCGCCUCUGUAUUAAAACCUCUACAUGUUAAUCACUACUUCUCCACACCGCCAUAGACGUGCUCUCCACUUCCUUCCCAUAUUUAUAUAUACUCUGAGAUUUCUAAUUUUCCAAGCCAACCCUAAAAAUCUCGUUUUUUCGUUCACCAUCUUUAGUAAUAAUAUUAUCUUAGCUUACUGAGUUUGUGAUGUCUCCUCCAGCGUUGAUUGUGUUUGAAGAUGGUCUAACCAACAAAUGGAGCAACGACGAGUGGCAGAGUCUCAGCGUUUCUCCCGGAGAAAACCCUAACCCUAGCUCUAAUUUCCAUUUCUUGGCGAAGAAUGCAGCUCUCCAGAACCAGCUGAGAGUUUCCCGCCCAUCUGUAAAAGAUGAAAGCUUCAGAAUUGUCUUACCUAUGGCGAUGUCUCCUCCAAGAGACACCGCCGUGCCGUUACCUGUUCUUCCCCAGCCGAUGAUGAAGCAACGGAAGAAGCUUGGCCACCAAGAAACCAUGUUUUCUGAAGAAGAAGAAGAAGAUUUCAAGUGCAGUGCCUUCUGUUUAUCUCUCCCUGGUUUUGGGAAGCAGAAACCUCUUAGGUCACCAAAAAGUGAGGAUUCUCCUAUAAAGAAGAAAACGAUCAAAGCGUCAUCGUUCUCAAACUCUGCUGUCUCGCUAAGUGCCUCGCUUGAGAAAUUCGAGUGUGGCUCAUGGGCUUCAACGAGUGCUCUGGCUCGAGAAAACGGUCGUUUGUACUUCGAUCUGCCGGUGGAGAUGAUCAAAUGUGGGAGCGGGGGCGGCGGAGAUGUGCAAGAGCCGGUGAGUUUAGGUUUCUUCUUCGACAAGGAAACAGGAAGUCCGGCUUUGAGAAGCGUUCUAAAGACUUCUUUGUCGGUAAGGCAACAAAGAGGUUCGGUUGAGAUGUCACCGCAACGCCGUGUUAGGUUUUCGACCACGUCCUCUGUUUCAUGCCCGACAUCACCAAGAUCGUGUAUCACCCCGCGGCUGCUUAAAGCUAGAGAUGACUUCAAUACGUUCUUAGCAGCACAGAACGCGUGAAAUAAAACAAAUAUUUUCGUAUUUACGAAUAUUAGGUGUGUCUAUUAGUAUAUAUCAAUAUAGAGCGAAUAUUUACGUUCUAUUUUGGUUUGAGUCUCUGCUUAACCAGAUUAUGAGCAUUCAGGAAAAUUAAUCUUUCAUCUUUCUUUUUUUUCAAACAAUAAUGCCUCUGUCCUGUUUGGUUCUGUUUUCUGCUUAAUUCUUUACUUGUUACAAAGGGUCGAUCCGUAAAACAAUGCUAUAAACAUGUUUCUGUCA